GAUGGAGGGGGAUUUGUCGACGCUGGGACUUCGCGCGCGCAGAAAAUUGAAGACACUGCCUACACAACCCCACCGUUGUUUGCAUCGACGACAUUCGAGGUAAGAGGAUACAGCGUGUGACUCAGACCCAUAGACGACGAUUUGUCCAGUUCUCGCGUGAGUCGAAGCAAGCCUACUCCUCCCAACCUCACCACAUCCACUACCGAGCAAAAUCAAGGCGACAUGCUCGACGUAAUCGAUUUCAUCAAGGAGCGCGGUGGCGAUCCCGAGAAGAUUCGCGAAUCCCAGCGUCGUCGACACGCCCCCGUUGAGAUUGUCGACGAAAUCAUUGCCCUCUGGGAAGACCACCGCAAGACGCUGUACGCCGCCACACAGUUCAACGGCAAGAUCAACGACGUUCAGAAGCAGAUUGGCGCCAAAAAGAAGGCCAAGGAAAACGCCGACGACCUGCUCCAGCAGAAAAUUGCUCUCGAGAAGGAGAAGAAGGCCAUCAACGACGAGGCUGCCGAGAAGGAUGCCCUGCUGAAGAAAAAGGUCAAGAGCGUAGGCAACAUUGUCGAGGACUCUGUGCCGGUCAGCAACAACGAAGACGACAAUGUGGUUCAGAGAACUUGGGCACCAGAGGGUGUGACCGUCGAGAAAAAGCAGUGCCUCUCCCACCACGAAGUGCUUCUUCGCCUCGAUGGCUACGACCCGGAGCGCGGUGCCAAGAUUGUCGGCCACCGAGGUUACUUCUUGCGUCGAUGGGGCGUGUUCCUCAACCAGGCUCUCAUCAAUUACGGUCUUGAAUUCCUCGAGAAAAGGGGCUACACACCUCUCCAGACACCGCAGUUCAUGCUCAAGGACUACAUGGCCAAGACGGCGCAGCUGGAGCAAUUUGACGAGGAGCUGUACAAGGUGUCAGACGGCGACCCGAAGAUGGACAAGUACCUCAUCGCUACCUCUGAGCAGCCCAUCUCCGCCUUCCACGCCGAUGAGUGGCUGGUCAACAAGGACCUCCCUAUCAAGUACGCCGGCUACAGCACAUGCUACCGCCGUGAGGCGGGUAACCACGGCCGUGAUGCAUGGGGCAUCUACCGUGUCCAUCAGUUCGAGAAGAUUGAGCAAUUUCUCUUGACCGACCCAGAGAAGUCGUGGGAAGCUUUCGAAGACAUGAUCAAGAUUUCAGAGGAAUUCUAUCAAACACUGGGUCUCCCGUACCAGGUCAUCGCCAUUGUCUCGGGCGCACUCAACAACGCCGCUGCCAAGAAGCUUGAUCUUGAGGCCUGGUUCCCCUUCCAGGGCGAGUAUAAGGAGUUGGUCUCGUGCUCGAACUGCACUGAUUACCAGUCGCGGGCUUUGGAGAUUCGCUACGGCGCCAAGACGCAGACCGACGUCAAGAAGAAGUAUGUGCACUGCUUGAACUCGACGCUCUGUGCCACCACUAGGGCCAUGUGCUGCAUCCUGGAGAACUACCAGACUGAGGAGGGUCUCAACGUCCCCGAGCCGCUGCGCAAGUAUCUGCCCGGCGCGCCCGAGUUCAUCCCGUACGCGAAGGAAUUGCCCAAGGACUCCACGUCCACCAAAUUGGCGAAGCGUGAGAAGAAUGCAAAAUAGACGAGGUAGAAUCGUGACAGAAUGUCACCACAGCUGACGUUGCUCUCAUGAAAGAAGACUUGCCACAGAAUUGAUGAAUGGUCACAAAAGCCCCUUUAGAUGUGUAAAUAUCGUUUUGGUGCAUAUCGGGGCGGCGUCCAACGGUAUCAGUA